UCCCAGUCGGGGCUCUGCUCUUCGCCGGGGCUCUGCUCCUCACCGGGGCUCUGGCUCACCCGGGGCUCUGCUCCCCACCGGGGCUCUGCGCUCCCCGCCGGGGGUCUGCUCUUUGCUGCGAGCCGUGGCUCUGCUCUCCGCCCAGGGUCUGCUCUCUGCCGGCGGUGUCCGCCUCAACCCGGCGUUCUUACUCCUGCCCCUCGUGGGAGCGUCCCAGUUCGCGUCGAUCCCCUCCGCAGAUGCCUGCAUCUUCUCAGCAAGGGUCUGCCAUGCUUCAGGUCUGGAAAUAAAGCAGGGCAAGUCUGGGCCCCUGAAGGAUCCACUGCUUUCAAGUGUCUGCUCUCAGCGAGGUUGUGCGCGGCUCUUCUGAGCAACAUCUCGGACUGUGAUGAAACAUUCAACUACUGGGAACCAACACACUACCUCAUCUACGGGAAGGGGUUUCAGACGUGGGAAUACUCCCCCGUGUAUGCCAUCCGCUCAUAUGCUUACCUGUUGCUGCAUGCCUGGCCAGCUGCAUUUCAUGCCCGGAUUCUGCAGACUAACAAGAUUCUUGUAUUCUACUUUUUGAGAUGUCUCCUGGCUUUUGUGAGCUGUGUUUGUGAACUUUACUUUUAUAAGGCUGUGUGCAAGAAGUUUGGUUUGCAUGUGAGUCGAAUGAUGUUGGCCUUCCUGGUGCUCAGCACAGGCAUGUUCUGCUCCUCAUCCGCAUUCCUCCCCAGCAGCUUCUGCAUGUACACCACGUUGAUUGCUAUGACUGGAUGGUACAUGGACAAGACACCUAUUGCUGUGCUUGGAGUAGCAGCUGGGGCUAUCAUAGGGUGGCCGUUUAGUGCAGCUCUUGGUUUACCCAUCGCCUUUGACUCUCUGGCCGUGAAGCACAGGUGGAAGAGUUUCUUCCUCUGGUCACUGGUGGCCCUGAUUCUCUUCCUGGUGCCUGUGGUGGUCAUUGACAGCUACUACUAUGGGAAGUUGGUGAUUGCCCCUCUCAACAUUGUCUUGUAUAAUGUCUUUACUUCUCAUGGACCUGAUCUUUACGGUACAGAACCGUGGUAUUUCUAUUUAAUCAAUGGAUUUCUGAAUUUCAAUGUUGCCUUUGCUUUGGCUCUUCUGGUUUUGCCACUGACUUUCCUUAUGGAGUCCCUGCUGCAGCGAUUCCAUGUUCAGAAUUUAGGACACCCAUAUUGGCUGACCUUGGCGCCCAUGUAUAUUUGGUUUAUAAUUUUCUUCCUCCAGCCUCACAAAGAGGAGCGGUUUCUGUUCCCUGUGUAUCCGCUCAUCUGCCUCUGUGGCGCUGUCGCUCUCUCUGCGCUUCAGAAAUGUUACCACUUUGUGUUUCAACGAUACUGCCUGGAGCAUUACACUGUGACGUCCAGCUGGCUGGCACUGGGGACAGUUUUCGUGUUUGGGCUCUUGUCGUUCUCCCGCUCUGUGGCUCUCUUCAGAGGAUACCAUGGGCCCCUUGAUUUAUAUCCAGAAUUUUACAGAAUUGCCACAGACCCAACCAUCCACACUGUCCCAGAAGGCAGGCCUGUGAACGUCUGUGUGGGAAAAGAAUGGUAUCGAUUUCCCAGUAGCUUCCUUCUGCCUGACAAUUGGCAGCUUCAGUUCAUUCCAUCAGAGUUCAGAGGUCAGCUACCAAAGCCUUUUGCAGAGGGACCACUGGCCACUAGGAUUGUUCCUGCCCACAUGAAUGACCAGAACCAAGAGGAGCCUUCCAGAUAUAUUGACAUCAGCAAAUGCCAUUACUUAGUGGAUUUGGAUACUAUGAGAGAAACACCUCGGGAGCCAAACUACUCAUCCAACAGAGAAGAAUGGGUCAGCCUGGCCCACAGACCAUUUCUGGAUGCAUCUAGGUCUUCCAAGUUGCUUCGGGCAUUUUAUGUUCCCUUCCUGUCAGAUCAAUACACAGUGUAUGUGAACUACACCAUCCUGAAGCCUCGGAAAGCAAAGCAAAGCCGGAAGAAGAGUGGAGGGUAGCACGCCCCUGUGGCUCCAGUGGACUGCCAGCCUGUGCUAACUAGGGGUGCCACUGAGCUGACUUCCUCCAAGGCAUCCUAAAACACUAUAAUAAAGGUCGUCUGCUAAGAAUGCCAGACUCUGGCACUC